GAGUGGGACCCAUAGGGUCCCAACUUGGUUGAAACUUCCUAGGCGCCCUCAGGACAGCUGGCGUCUGUUGAGAUUCAGCACCCCCCACAACCUGCCCAGUGGUUGGGUCUGGGCAGGACUCCCCUCUCCGUACACCCCUCACUUGAGUAGACCAGUAGGGUAGUCCACUUAGUCACCUUGACAAUGGUUGCUGGGGAAGGCGGGCGGGUCCUUAUGGUUGUGGGGAACAUUCUGCCUUGGCAGUUGGGGGGCAAUGUGGGGCUGGUGCCGGUGGAACAUGCCAUUCUAUGGGCGAGUCCAGGGCCGUAUUGGUGGCCCCUCAGUCCUGGGAGAGCACAUUGCCCCACCCACAGCUGGGCCCAUCACUGCCACCGCACCUGAGAAUGCCUGCUGUGGAGGCCUUUGUUCCCACAGUGAGGCUGCCCCCAUAGAGGCCAACAGUCCACCAGUUGGGCCCUUGCCCUCAGCCAGCCACCCAGGCCUCAACACCCAGGUCGCCAUGGAUCGGAUGAAGAAGAUCAAGCGGCAGCUGUCGAUGACACUCCGAGGGGGCCGAGGUGUGGACAAGACCAAUGGUGCCCCUGAACAGAUAGGCCUGGAUGAGAGUGGGGGUGGCGGUGGCAGUGACCUUGGAGAGGUACCCACUCGUGCCGCUCCUGCGGAACCUCGCUCCGGACGGGGCCCCCUCAGCUCUGCACCAGAGAUUGUACAUGAGGACUUGAAGAUGGGGUCUGAUGGGGAGAGUGACCAGGCUUCAGCCACGUCCUCGGAUGAGGUGCAGUCGCCAGUGAGGGUGCGCAUGCGCAACCAUCCCCCACGCAAGAUCUCCACCGAGGACAUCAACAAGCGCCUGUCGCUCCCAGCCGAUAUCCGGCUGCCUGAGGGCUACCUUGAGAAGUUGACCCUCAACAGCCCCAUCUUUGACAAGCCUCUCAGCCGCCGCCUCCGCCGCGUCAGCCUGUCUGAGAUUGGCUUUGGGAAACUGGAGACAUACAUCAAGCUGGACAAGCUGGGUGAGGGUACCUAUGCCACCGUCUACAAAGGCAAAAGCAAGCUCACAGACAACCUUGUGGCACUCAAGGAGAUCAGACUGGAACACGAAGAGGGGGCUCCCUGCACCGCCAUCCGGGAAGUGUCCCUGCUCAAGGACCUCAAACAUGCCAACAUCGUCACGCUACAUGACAUUAUCCACACGGAGAAGUCCCUCACCCUUGUCUUUGAGUACCUGGACAAGGACCUGAAGCAGUACCUGGAUGACUGUGGGAACGUCAUCAACAUGCACAACGUGAAACUGUUCCUGUUCCAGCUGCUCCGUGGCCUGGCCUACUGCCACCGGCAGAAGGUGCUACACCGAGACCUCAAGCCCCAAAACCUGCUCAUCAACGAGAGAGGAGAACUGAAGCUGGCAGACUUUGGCCUGGCCCGAGCUAAGUCGAUUCCAACGAAGACCUACUCCAAUGAGGUGGUGACACUGUGGUACCGACCCCCUGACAUUCUGCUUGGGUCCACGGACUACUCUACCCAGAUUGACAUGUGGGGUGUGGGCUGCAUCUUCUAUGAGAUGGCCACAGGCCGGCCCCUCUUCCCAGGCUCCACCGUGGAGGAACAGCUGCACUUCAUCUUCCGCAUCUUGGGAACCCCAACCGAGGAGACGUGGCCAGGCAUUCUGUCCAACGAAGAGUUCAAGACAUACAACUACCCCAAGUAUCGAGCCGAGGCCCUUUUGAGCCAUGCACCCCGACUUGACAGCGAUGGGGCUGACCUCCUCAACAAGCUGCUGCAGUUUGAAGGUCGCAAUCGGAUCUCCGCAGAGGAUGCCAUGAAACAUCCAUUCUUCCUCAGUCUGGGGGAGCGGAUCCACAAACUUCCUGACACUACUUCCAUAUUUGCACUAAAGGAGAUCCAGCUACAAAAGGAGGCCAGCCUUCGGUCUUCAUCAAUGCCUGACUCAGGCAGGCCAGCUUUCCGCGUGGUGGACACCGAGUUCUAAGCUGAGUUCUAAGCCGCAGACCGAGGCCCCAGCAGGCAGCCGCCGGAGGGAUGCCACUCCCCUCCCAGGGCAGCCCCCAGCUGCAUCCCCCUCGCUUGCUGCCUGCCUACCUGCCUGACUCAUGCUCGCCUGCCCAUAUGUUCCCGCUGCCUGUCCGAACACCCGACCAUUGGCCUGUCAGCCCACCCAUUGGCCUGUCUGCUGGGUGCUAACAAAGCUCUCAUCGCUCCUUCGCCUGGUUUGUCUGUCUUGUCUGUCUGUCUGUCUCUCUCUGUCUCGGAAGUUGCCGGCGGACAGCAUGGCCGUGCCAGCCUCCCACGCUGAGGCCAGGCCUUUCCUCCCCUCCCCAUCAUACCCUCCCCCAGGACCACUACCCCACGGCCAGCCAGGGGUCCGGAGCUAGCCUGGGCUGGGGAAUCUCGACUCAGACAGGAUGUGGCAAUGCCUUGGGUCUGAGGCUUCCCCUGCCGGCUUUCUUGCCUGCUCCACCUGCCUCAUGUUGUGUGGGCCUUUUUUUAUUUGUUUCAUUCAUUGUUGUUUUUAAUUAUUUUAAAUGAGG